AUGGGUGACAGCAGCUACGGCCCGCCUGCUGGCUAUGCACUUAGGAAAAACGGGUCGUGCUCUGCAAACCAGGAAACGUGUGGUAAUCCCUGGGGUGACUGGUAUAACUGCUGCCCCGGGGGCACAUACUGCGGAGACAAUAACACCUGCUGUCCGACUGAGUCAGGGUGCGUGGACUUUCUCAAGGAAGACCUGCACUGCGCAAACAACAAGACCUGGGACCUGUACCAGUCCGAGGACAGUUACUUCUGCUGUUUGAACACGACGCGGGGCUUCCUCGCCGGGGGCCUGGAGUACAAUGGGUCGAGUACUACGGGCAUUGGCUGCGCUGACGGGCUUCCGGCCGGCAAAGACGAUGAAGCCUUGGUUCCCGUCGCGAGAGGCAAUGCGACCGCAACCUCGGUACCAGGCUCGCCCGGCGCCAGAAAUUCAGGAACCGAAGCACGACCCCAAUCAGGAUCCUACGCAGCAUCCGAAUCCUCUACAAACACGGGCGCCAUUGCGGGCGGCGUCGUCGGCGGGUGUGCUGGCCUGGCACUCAUCAUUGCACUGGUUUGGUUCUUGUUGCGUCGACGGCGACAACAGGCGGAAACCGCUCCUCUCAUGAGUUCGGAUUUUAGCACGACAUCGAAAGAAAAGAACGGAUUAUAUGGGUCGGAGCUUGGCGAUAACGCUAUCAGGGCAGAGCUACAGGGUAAUCCCAAUGCAAUGGCUCAUGAGCUGCCUCCGACAACAAUGGCCCAUGAGCUACCUCCCAACACGACACCUCACGAGUUGCCUGCGAGUCCGACUCGGUAUUAA